UCAGAUACAAGAGGAAAGCUAGCUAGAAAUUAGCAGAGAUGAAGCAGCACAAUAGCAGAUACCUUCCUCAAUCUUCACCGUCUGAUCACCCCUCUUUUGUCUCCGACCACCCGUCGGCGAUGAAGGAGAUUGCCAGGGGGCAGUCUCUGGUGACGCAGCUGAGGGCCAUCGUCCUUCCUGCGCUGCAGGCGGACCAACGCUACGAGCUUGUUGCCCAGAUGUUCCAGGACAUUCUGGAUUGCUCCAGCAAGGCCAUAACUGAGCUGCAGCUUCAGCAUCAGUCUGAUGCUCGACCUGAGGACGCACUGGUGGAUGACAAGAAGAGAGUGAGGAGGAUUUCUUCUGAUGACUGCAUCAAGGAGGAGGGUGCUACUGCUAACCCCCACCAUCAGCACAAGAGAAGGAGGUCUGAUGAUUCGGUGUCACUGGAAACGCCUGUUCCGCACUAUGAUGGCCGCCAAUGGAGAAAGUAUGGGCAAAAGCACAUCAACAAAGCUAAACAUCCAAGGAGCUACUACAGGUGCACCUACAGCAAGGAACAAGACUGCAAAGCAACAAAGACUGUGCAACAGCAAGACGAAAGCACAGGUACUGAUAAUCCCGUAAUGUACACGGUCGUCUACCACGGCCAACAUACUUGCAAGGACAACAAUGGCGUCGACUCAGGCACCGAUGAGUCAGAAACAAGCACCCUAAGCAGCAGUGACAGCCGAUCCAGCAUAUCGACCACCUGUACAGAUCCCUGUGACCAUCAGACAUCCCUAGGUGACAAUAAGCUGAUCGAAAAAUCUGCAGACUUGGUCACAAAGAGCAUGUACGAGCCAUUAGACAUGAACCCAUUUGCACCCUUGGAUUUGGACAGUUGGGAGUUGGAUGCACUCCUAAGAUUUCAUUUGGAGCCUGAUAAUUAA